GUGCAUCCAGAACUCCCCAGGGUACCUCGGCAAACACCAUAUCGCCAGCUAUGAAGCUCGCGACAACUAUAUCAACCCGCACCCCACGUCACGAAGCUCAAACCUGACUCCCCCAAUAUCAACCAGUCACCCCACUCACCAUGUCGACCGCUGUCCCCAAGAACUACAGCUUCCUCCAUUUCAAUACCAUCGCCAUAUCCCACGUACCACUCCCUCCGCCGGUGCCGCAUCACCUUCAUCCGCAAGCUCUCACGGUCGUAACCCUGAAUCGGCCCAAGCAUCUCAAUGCAUUCACGAAAGAGAUGGCCCUGGAGCUGGAGCGCGCGUUCACCGUCUUGUCAGCGGACGAGCGGGUGCGCGUGAUUGUGCUCACGGGUGCUGGACGAGCGUUCUGUGCGGGCGCGGAUCUGAAUUCCGGAUUGCUAGGUACGAACGAGCAGCCAUUCGAGCAGCAUCGGGAUGAGGGCGGCAUGGUCACCCUCGCCAUCUACCGCUGCACAAAGCCUGUCAUCGCCGCCAUCAACGGUCCCGCUGUAGGGGUCGGCAUCACCAUUACUCUGCCGUGCACGAUCCGCAUCACGCACGCGCGAGCCAAAGUCGCAUUCCCCUUCGUCGGGCGUGGGCUCGUCCCGGAAGCCGUCAGCUCGUGGUUCCUACCAAAGCUCAUCGGGCACUCGCGGGCGAUGCAUAUACUCACCACUGGUGAGACGUUGCCGGGAAGUGACAAGUUGAUCGAAGGGUUGUUUUCAGAGGUGCUGGCAGGGCCUGAGGAUGUUGUCCCCCGCGCCCUCGAAAUCGCCACGAAGAUCGCGACCCAGGCUUCCGCCGUGUCGGCAUAUCUCGUCAAAGCUAUGCUAUUCCAUACACCUGCGACGCCCGAGGAAACGCAUCUUCUUGACUCAAGGCUACUCGCGGAGUUGUUCGUCGGGCCAGAUAAGAAGGAAGGUAUUCAAGCUUUCCUGGAGAAGAGACCGCCGGCUUUCGUGGCCGAGGUGAAGUCGGAUUUGCCGCGUAUCGUGCCCUGGUGGAAGGAGGUGGAGACCAAGAUGAACAAGGCAAAGCUGUGAUGGAUGAGCUAUCCGAGUUUACUCUAUAUGUCUCCCGAUGAGUCCAUGGAUGCCAUUUGGUACUUAUUGAUGUGGUUGGCGAAAUUUAAAACAUUGUGCCAGAUGAUCUCCACAUGCAAAUUAGUGACCAGCUGUCCACAAGGGGCUUAACGAUGGUGAGAUGACGGUUUCGAGUAUCGAAUCGGA